GAGAGAGACGCGGGCGGACACGAGAAAAGUAUGAGCUCACGCGAACAGAACCGCAACCCGCGAACAUGGAGCUGCGCGAGAGGAGCCAACCGAGCACCGGAGGGUCGGCUGAGUGAGCACUGACACCGGCGGAGGAACGGCAGGAGGAACCGGCGGAGGAACGGCAGGAGGACCCGCAGCUCCGGAGAAACCAACGCACAACAAUGGCAGAACCCCAGCUCUGAGGAUCCACAGGCCUGGUCUCCUCCUGACACUUCCACACAACUCCUUUCUGGGUUCUUCCAUUUCUUCCUGGCUCAAAGCCCCUCUUCCUCUUCCUUCCUGUCCUUCUGAACUGCGUUUCUUCUUCAAACAUGGACUCAGAUGAAGACGUGAAGGUGUCCCAGGACGAGCGCAUCGAGCCCCGGAGCAGCCCCGGACGCUCGGACCUCAGCGGACUGUACCACCUGGGACGCACUCUGGGCAGAGGACACUUUGCCGUGGUCAAACUGGCUCGUCACGUCAACACUGGGCAACUGGUGGCUGUCAAGAUGAUUGACAAGACCAAACUGGAUGUCAUGGCAACAAGCCACCUCCUACAGGAAGUGAGGUGCAUGAGGCUGGUGCAGCACCCCAACGUGGUCCGCCUGUACGAGGUGAUCGACACACCCACCACCCUCUACCUGGUCAUGGAGCUGGCCGAGGGGGGGGACCUCUACGACUACAUCCUACGCCACGAAGGAGGCGUGGCCGAGGGGACGGCUAAGCGGCAUUUUGCCCAGAUCGUGCGAGCCGUUUCCUACUGCCAUCAGCUGCAUGUGGUGCACCGGGACCUGAAGCCAGAGAACGUGGUGUUCUUCCCCCAGCAGGGGGCGGUCAAGCUGACAGACUUUGGCUUCAGUAACCUGUUCCAACCGGGGACCAUGUUGGCCACCAGCUGUGGCUCGCUGGCGUACUCUGCACCGGAGAUUCUGCUAGGAGAAGAAUACGACGCUCCAGCUGUGGAUAUCUGGUCUCUGGGGGUCAUCCUCUACAUGCUGGUCUGUGGAGUUCCUCCGUUCCAAGAAACCAACGACAGUGAGACUCUGGUCAUGAUUCUAGACUGUCGAUACUCCAUCCCUGAACAUGUUUCAGACGACUGCAAGGAUCUGAUCUCCAGGAUGCUCCAGAAGGAUCCGUCCCGUCGAGCGUCGCUUGAAGAGAUCGAGGCGCACGAUUGGCUGCAGGGGCUGGACUGCGCCCUGCUCAGCCCAGAGGCCCCGCCCCAGUGGCUCUCAGGGGCCCUUUCCCCCAGCUCUCCCCGCUUAGGAGCGCCCGAAUGCGGGGACCUGCUCGCUGUGAAGUCCUCGACUCAGCCAGCGUUCCCCGGUCCGUGGCAGCCCAGCCCCAGCUUCACCUUACGCCCCCCUCUGGCCGAAGAGCCCCCGGUCACCAAGAACCUGCCUGCGCUACAGCAGAUCUGUGAGGAGGAGGAAGGGGAGGAAGGGGAGGAGGGGGAGGAGGGGGAGGCAGAGAAGGAGGAGGACAGUUUGACCGAGGACAGUGAAGGUUUGGCAGUAUCACUUUCACCACUGGAAACAGAAACUGAGGAGGUACAUGAAGAUCAAAAGUGUAGGGAAGAGGAGCAAAGAGAGCAAGGCUUAGUGGAGAUAAUGGAAGAGGAGGAGGAGGAGCAAAACAAGGACAAUGAGGAGAUGAAGGUGGAGGUGGAGGUGGAGGACAAAGACAGUGAGCAGCCGGUCAGUCCUGGAGACGAGCCGCCGAGUCGGACUCCUGAGGUCCCACUGUCUCCUCCAGCUGGUUUAGAGGACCGGUCCUGUCCGGAUCCACCAGAUCCAGAACCAGAACCGGCAGACGACGCAGAAACUGAACCCAACAACAACACCGACAAACCCCCUCCUCUGCACACUGACCCCCCGUCCUCUGAACCCCCAGACCCUGCUCCGCCUCAGGAAGCAGAAGGACUAAACAGGGACGACAGGACGGACCAAGGCACCAGAGAUAGAUCUCAACCCCACAACGGUCCGGGGUCUCAGAACACGGGUCCGGACUCGGCUCCGAGGGCCGAACCCGGAAAACGACACAGCAUAAAACUGCGCGAGAGACUGUUUCAGUUUCCUCUGUGUGAGAAAGCUCUGGCCUUCAACAUACCGACACAAAACAAGUCCAAGAUCCUGCCUCUGGCUCAGUACAACUGCUGCCAUGUGCUGUAGACUGAAGCGCCCUCUAGGGACCGAACGGGGGUUGAACAGGUUUAACAUGGAGCACAUGUGAGUGAAGAGCUCCCCCUGCUGACACCAGGAGGGAAGAUCUUCAAGGAUGUGAAGUGUACAGGACAGGAGGCGUCCAGCUCACAGUCCUAGCUUUGUGCUCAUGAAACAAAUAAAGCCUGUGUUCAGCGCAGUAGUCCGAGCCGCUAGAACCUCAUCCAUCUGCUGCUGUGUACAGAAGCAACAAAGAACUACCACGACUGGAGUCUGAUCUGUAGCCUAGCAUGAACCAAAAGGACCUGAAGGAGA